AUGGACGGCCAUUUCGACUCCAACGACCGCUUUUCUGGAACUGGGGACGACUUCCACCGACAUCACUCCCACUGCAGCGCCAACCACUUCGACUUCGAUUUCUCCGUGAUGCACCCCCAACAGACACCAAGCGAGGAUGCUCGUCUCUCUGCCGCCGCCGGUGGCGCCUAUGAGUCUCACGACGACCUCUGCGUCGACCGUUGCAUGGGUGUGGGCCUCUACAAUGGCUUCCAGCAGUUUAAUCACCGAGGUGGCCAGCCCUCCCUCCAGAACCGUUGGCCGCGUGACACCCAGGACUUCCCCAUGGGCCUCAACGACCUAUCUAUGCAGUUUCGUACCGCUACCGACAUGGCGCCGCCUUCCGCGAAUCUCUAUCAGCAGUCGUGGUACACCCACCAGCUAGAUCCAUGUGUCCCGUGCGCCGACGAGGACUGCCACUCCAUGGCCGACAGCUGUUGCGACAGCGAGUGCACCAUGACCGACAAGUGCACCGACGUUGCCUGUGCCGAUACCGAGGACGCCUGCACCGAUCAGACCUGCCCCGAGCGCUCUGCUGUCCCCGACCCCACGUCCGAAGUCGUCAGCGGUGCAGCCGCCCUGAUCUCCAUCAACCACGCACCAGAGGACUCUCAGCACCACUAUGAUAUGCAACAUCAAGUCAUGGGUGAUAUGGGUUUCGAUCUGUCCAGUCCGCCUCAGCAGCCUUACUUGUUGCCUCCCGACUUCCUGCCUGGGCAGUUGGGCAACAUUACUAACCACCUGCUGCUUGCUCACGGCGACACAUCCUCCUCCAACUGCACAAGACCAUGCCCUUUGGAAGAUCCUGAAAUCUACCAGUACUGCCACAUGCCUCUCCCUACCAACCCCGCUACCUUCGGCCAGUUCAACCCUAUUGGAUCAGCCUUCCAGAUGAACCAAGGCUUCGUUGAGUGCGGAGCUGAGAUCCACGACGCCGCGUCGUUUCUCACGCACUUCAAUGCGCAGCAUAGGCCGUACUUUACCACCAGUAUGCCCAACCUCCUACGUGCUUCGGCCGAGGCGCAACAUAACGGACACGUUCUGACCUCGACCGAAGUCAUGUCCCCCCCAGCCACACCUCUAGAUACGUCCGAUUCCGGCCGGUCGUCAGCGACACCAUCUCCCCUCACUCCGCUAUCCAAUAGCGUCGAGAUGACAGAUGCCAAACCUGAGAGCUCACUUCAUCUCCGCAAUGCGUCCAUAUCCUCGUCCGCAGAACGAUCUCUUGAUCUGGCCGCUGAAGAAGAACACAGGUGUCUCUGGCGUGAGGAAGGUAGUUCAAGUAUUUGCGGGCAGCUAUUUGAUGAUUCUGAGGAGUUGUUCAAGCACGCUUCAGAAACUCACAUCAAGCAUGCUCAAAAAGGGGUUCAGGGCUUCCGUUGCGGCUGGGACGACUGUCCACGCAGCGAGGUCGGCGCCACAGGGUUUCCCCAGAGGAGCAAAAUUGAGAGACAUAUGCAGACUCAUAUUGGCCACAAACCCCAUAUUUGUCCCACGUGCAACAAGGGCUUCUCGGCGAAACAAGCUCUCACGCAGCACAUGUUUAUCCACAGCAACGAGAAGCCGCUCGUGUGCAACAUCUGCCACAAGGCUUUCAGAUACCCCAGCGCUCUCACCAUGCACCAACGCGUCCAUUCCGGCCUCAAACCCCUGAAAUGCCCCGUCUGCGGCAAGGGCUUCAGCGAAUCCUCCAACCUGUCCAAGCACAAGCGCACCCACGAGGUCAAGGGCCGCUUCACCUGCACCGUCCCGGGCUGCGACCGCAACUUCCACCGCCAGGACCAGCUCCGCCGCCACAUGAAGACCCACCAAAAGGACGGCGACGGCAGGCCCAUGUCGAGUUCCGCCGCCAGCGUGGACGGCGGCAUGUUCGAACAGUCGCCGCAGAGCUGA